AUGCUGAGGGCUGAGACUGAGACCCGCCUGCCUGUGUCUUUUAACGAAAUAACCGGGUUUAGUUUGAGCCCCCCGUACUUCAACCUUGCGGAGGGGUCACGGAUAUCCGCCACCGCAACUUGCGGUGAAGAUGAAGCCGGGAGACCGAGAUCUGAUUUGUACUGUAAACUUGUCGGAGGACCUACUUUUGGACUUCCUAGUCAAACGAUACAGGGACAGUAUUGUGACAGAUGCAACUCCAACGAGCCAAACAAGGCCCACCCGGUGAGUAACGCCAUCGAUGGCACUGAGCGCUGGUGGCAGAGCCCGCCUCUCUCCCGGGGACCUAUGUACAAUGAGGUGAACGUCACUUUGGACCUGGGACAGCUCUUCCAUGUGGCCUACAUCCUCAUCAAGUUUGCCAACGCCCCUCGGCCUGACCUAUGGGUCCUGGAGCGCUCCUUGGACCAUGGGAAAACGUAUGCUCCAUGGCAGUACUUUGCUCAUUCUAAAAGGGAGUGCAUUGAGAGGUUUGGCAAAGAACCAAAUGGACGCGUAGUCCGAGAUGAUGACCAGAUCUGCACCACAGAGUACUCAAAGAUCGUUCCAUUGGAGAACGGAGAGAUUGUGGUGUCCCUGGUCAACGGUCGCCCGGGCUCUAAGAACUUCAGCUAUUCUCCAGUGCUGAGAGAUUUCACCAAGGCCACCAACAUCCGCCUGCACUUCCUCAGGACCAGCACUCUGUUGGGGCACCUAAUUUCCAAGGCCCAGAGGGACCCCACUGUCACACGCAGGUAUUACUACAGCAUCAAAGACAUCAGUGUCGGGGGACGCUGCGUUUGUCACGGCCACGCGGAGGUGUGUGGGGGGCGUAACCAAGGCAAACCCAAUCGGCUACAGUGCGAGUGCGAACACAACACCUGUGGUGAGUCAUGUGACCGCUGCUGUCCAGGGUUCAACCAGAAGCCAUGGCGUGCUGCUACGACAGACAGUCCCAACGAGUGCCAACCCUGCCAGUGCCAUUCACAUGCCACUGAGUGUUAUUACGACCCAGAGGUGGAGCAGAGGAGAGCAAGUUUAGACACAUUCGGCAGGUACGACGGCGGAGGAGUGUGCAUCAACUGCCAGCACAACACAGCGGGAGUGAACUGUGAGCUUUGUGCUGAUGGAUUCUACAGACCCCAUGGAUCACCUCCAGAGUCUCACAGUGGAUGCAUACCCUGCAGGUGUGAUGCCAGGACUACUGCUGGUUGUGAGAUGGGGACAGGACGUUGCCACUGCCGGCCAGAAUUCACCGGAAACAACUGUGAACGCUGUGCAGACAGUUACUAUGGCUACCCGCAGUGCAUUAGGUGUGUGUGUGACCGCGGUGGAUCAGUGCUGGAGUUGUGUGAUGCGUCAGGGCGCUGCAUUUGUGGUGAUGGUGUGGAGGGUGAGAGAUGUGACCGCUGUCGACCAGGACACCACUCAUUCCCUAACUGCCAAGAGUGUGUGUGCGAUGGCAGUGGUUCGGUGCUGGAGAUGUGUGACGCAUCAGGGCGCUGCGUGUGUCGUGGAGGGGUGGAGGGCGAGAGAUGUGACCGCUGUCGACCGGGUUACCACUCCUUUCCUAACUGCCAAGCCUGCCAGUGUUUAGGGGAGGGUUCCUAUGACUCCAUGUGUAACCAAGUAUCAGGCCAGUGUCUGUGUCGCCCUGGGGUGGUGGGACAGCAGUGUGAUCGCUGUGCCGGGUCAGGCCUCCGCUUCCCCCAGUGUUCAGCCUCCAUCACCCAGUGUAACCCAGCAGGGUCAGAGGUCAGCACAGCAGAUCCACAAACGGAGGGUUCCUGUGGCUGCCUGCCCAACGUGGAGGGAACACUGUGUGACAUGUGUAAACCUCUCUACUGGAACCUGGCAACAGAGAACCCCAGCGGCUGUAUAGAGUGUCGCUGUGGCAUCAAAGGCACCCUGAGUGGGGUAGGAGAGUGUCAACAGAAAAGUGGCCAGUGUUACUGCAAGCCCAACGUGUGCAGCCAUACCUGUGACACAUGCACGGAGGGCUACUACCUGCUGCAGAAGAGGAACUAUUUUGGCUGUCAAGGCUGCCAGUGUGAUGUGGGAGGAGCCAUAGGCAGAGGGUGUGAUGAGAUGUCUGGACAGUGCCAGUGUCGGAAGAACGUAGUGGGCCGCACCUGCACUGAGCCAGCACCUAACUACUACUUCCCCAGCCUGCACCACCUGAGGUAUGAGGUGGAGGAUGGCAUCACCCCCAACGCCAGGCCCGUACGCUUCGGCUACGACCCCCAGACGUUCCCAGGAUUCAGCUGGAGAGGUUACGCCAUCAUGUCCCCAGCGCAGAGUGAAGUGAGAGUAACAGUGCAUGUGGACGAGGCAAGGCGAUCCUUGUUCCAACUUGUCCUGCGGUACGCUAACCCCAGCAGCCAGGACAGUGUGACUGGUAGUGUAACGGCUACCUAUGUCCGAGGGUCAGGUCAGAGUAAGGAAGUGGUGUUUCCUUCUAGCUCCUCCCCUGCCUACCUCACAGUCCCUGGGGACGGCUUCGCUGAGCCGUUCACACUGACCCCUGGGAAAUGGAUCAUACGCAUCCAGGCAGAGGGCCUUCUACUGGACUACUUGGUGCUGCUGCCCAGUGAUUACUACGAGGCUCCCUUCCUCCAGGAGAAGAUCGCCCAGCCCUGCACGUACACAUUCACCGCAGACAGAGACACAAACUGUCUGCUGUAUAAGCACAUGGCGAUGAACAGGUUCAGCUCUGUGCUGGGCUCUCAGGGCCAGUUCUCCAGCCAGUGGAGACGCAGGAGGAGACAGGCCCUCGUCCGCCGGCCAACUCCAGCCCACCCCGAGAUGGCCUCGCUCACCGGGAGACAGGCCCAGUUACAGCUGAGCCUGCGUGUGUCUCCACCCGGUCCCUACAUCCUGGUCCUUGAGUAUGCCAGCGAGGUAGACAUGGUCCAGAACGUCAACCUCAUCAUCGCUGACCAAUCAGAGAGUCAUAUCCAGGCCAGAGCCAACAUCUACAGCUGCCAUUACAGCUUCCUUUGUCGCAGUGUGGCGGUUGACGGAACCAAUCGCGCUGCAGUGUUCCAGUUUACCCACAAGGCCGAGCUUCUUCUACAGACCUCCACAGCCUCAAUGCUGCUGUAUAAAGUGUAUGCAGUGCCCGCGGAGGAGUUCUCCAUGGAGUACCUGGACCCCAAGGUGCUCUGUGUCUCUGUCCACGGACGCUUCACUGAGGACAGUCAGUACUGUGUUCCCAGCCAGUACGACAGGCCCUCCACAGCUCUGGUUCUGGACGCAGCUCGGGACGCGCGCCACUCCUCCCCACAUGUCGUCCCCCAGCAGAGGGAGAGUGAAGAGUGGAGACAAAGACGACAGUCAGGGGCUGGGGGCUUCCCUUUCCCUGGAGCCCAGAGUGAAGGGGUACUACUCAAAUCUCCCCAGACAGAGAUCCGUUUCAGUGCCAGGGUGCCAGUUCCUGGCAGGUAUGUGUUUGUGGUCCACUACUGUCAACCUGAACACACCACCUUCCCUGUGGAGGUACGGGUGGAUGCCGGACACACGUGGGCCGGCUCUGUGAAUGCCUCUUUCUGCCCGGGGGUCUCCUGCUGCAGGGAGGUGGUCAUCGCUGAGAGGCGCAUCGCUCUGGACCUUCCCCAGCAAGACAUGGCCAUCUCUCUCAAGGUUCCACCCGGGAAGACCCUCACUCUGGAUUACAUCUUGGUGGUUCCUGACGAUAGCUACACCCCUGAUCUCCUGAAAGAGAAACCGUUUGAUAAGUCAUCUGAUUUCACCAGGCAGUGUGGAGGACCAAGCUUUUCUAUAGACCCCAGAACGUCCUCCCAGUUCUGCAGAGACUCGGCCCGCUCCCUGGUAGCAGCCUAUAGUGACGGGGCCCUGCCCUGCUACUGUGACAAAUCAGGGGCUACGGGGCCCACCUGUAACCCUGUAGGGGGCCAGUGUCCCUGUAGGCCCCAUGUGAUCGGUCGGCAGUGUACACGAUGUGCCACAGGAUACUACGGCUUCCCCUACUGCAGACCGUGUGAGUGUGGCCAGCGGCUGUGCCACGAGGUGACAGGUCAGUGUAUCUGCCCGCCCCAGACAGUGAAGCCAGUCUGUGACGUGUGUGAGAGCCAGACGUUCAGCUACCACCCUCUAGUGGGCUGUGAGGGCUGUGACUGCUCCCCCAACGGAGUCAGGCCCAACGCAGGGAGAGAAUGUGACCGUGACACGGGACAGUGCACGUGUAAGCCCAGGAUCGGUGGGCGGCAGUGUGACCGGUGUGCUGCAGGGUUCUACAGGUUCCCAGACUGUGUCCCAUGUAACUGUAACCAGGGAGGGGUCACACCUGAUAUAUGUCACCCUGACACAGGACAGUGCCUCUGCAAGAGGAACGUGCAGGGUGCCCGCUGUGAUGCCUGUAGAGACGGGUCCUUCCACUUUGACCCCUCCCACCCCAGAGGCUGCGUCAGUUGCUUCUGCUUUGGAGCCACCGACCAGUGCCAGAGCUCUGGCAAACGCAGGGGGAAGUUUAUGGACAUGCGUGGCUGGCGUCUGGAGAGGGCUGACCAGGAGGAGGUGGCAUCAGUCCUCAACCCGUCCAGUAACACUGUGGUAGCAGACGUACAGGAGUUGCCUGGCACUACCCAGCUCCUCCACUGGGUGGCGCCACCAUCCUACCUGGUAGACCGGGUGUCAUCCUAUGGGGGCUACCUCACCUACCAGGCUAAAUCCUUUGGGAUUCCCAGUGAGGGGAUGUCGCUGAUGGACCGCAGACCUGAUGUUCUGCUCAGUGGCCAGGAGAUGACCCUGGUCCACAUGUCCCCACAUACCCCUAAUCCUGACAGACUCCACCAGGGCAGAGUCCAGCUAGUAGAGGGGAAUUGGCGUCACUUCAGCACCAACCGUCCUGUGUCUAGAGAGGAUCUGAUGGAAGUCCUGGCAGGUCUGGUUGGUCUGAGGGUGCGGGCCCUCUACUUCACCCAGAGCCAGAGACUCAGCCUUGGGGAGGUGGGCCUGGAGGAGGCCACAGACACAGGGGCCGGGGGCCCUGCCAGCACCGUGGAGGAGUGUGCCUGUUCCCCUCUCUACAGAGGAGACUCCUGCCAGAAAUGUGCUCGUGGUUACUAUAGGGACGGCAGUGGGCCCUACCUGGGUCGCUGUGUGGCCUGCUUCUGUAACGGCCUCGCCAACGAGUGUGACGACAGGACAGGGAGGUGCCUGAACUGCCAAUACAACACAGCCGGGGACAGGUGUGAGCACUGCAAAGACGGUUACUAUGGAGACGCUGCCCAGAGAUCAUGCCGGGUGUGCCCGUGCCCCUUUAGUGUGCCAGCUAACAGUUUUGCGGUGGGUUGCAGAGAGGUUGUUGGAGGGUUCCAGUGUGUUUGCCGACCAGGCUACGCAGGAGACAGUUGUGAACGAUGCGCUCCUGGUUACCACGGUGAUCCAUUGACAGCCGGAGGAAGCUGUAGGCCUUGUGACUGUAGCGGCAACGGAAACAGCUGUGACUCCAGGACUGGUGUGUGCAAGAAUACGUUGGAGCCAGGGGACACCAACACAGACGAGCAGUGCCAAGAGUGUGACGACUGCGCCGAGACCUUACUAAACGAUCUGGGGCGUCUGGAUGAGGAGCUGGGCAGGAUUAAGACUCAGCUGGAUAACGCCAGUAUCUCCGCCUCCUCUCAGGACCGACUCAGGAUGCUGGAGAAUACCAUCACAGAGACCAAGAGUCUGGUGAGCAAGUUCAGUUCCAGUGUGAACAGCCAAAAGCCCAAGGUUAGCCAACUGGAGCAGGACACUCUCAGUGUCAACGAGGAUAUCAGCGCUCUCAAAGAAAAGGCGGAUGACAGGGCUGUGAAUGCCCAGAAAGUGCUGGGUGAUGUGGGUAAGACCCAUCUGAGAGCUAAAGACCUGGACACUGAGGCUAAGAACCUGCUCCAGAAGAUCCUGGCCCUGCUGCAGCAGCUGAAAGAGUCUGGUUCCGGUGAUGUGGUGCCCAGUGAGAACCUGGCUAAGAUGUUAUCCGACGCUGAACGCAUGGUGAAGGAGAUGGAGAAGAGAAACUUCAACCCCCAGAAAGACGCAGCCGAGAAAGAGAGAGACGAGGCCCAGAAACUGCUGGACUACAUCAAGGCUAAUGUGACCAGGCAGUAUGAUCAGAAUGAGGCAGCAGCCAAGAGGGUGAAGGGUCUUCUGAAGGACUAUGAAGCUAAACUGAAGGACCUGGAUGAGGCUCUGAAACAGGCUGGGGACAUGGUGAAGAAAGCCAACUCUCAGAACGGACUCAACUCAGAGGCACUGAAAGACAUCCUGAAACGUAUGGAGGACCUGAAGAAGGAGCGGAAGAAGGUCCAGGACCAGAUAGCCAUGGCAGAAGAUCAGCUGAAGGCCACAGAGGACCUCCUGAGAAUGCUGAAUGACAGCAAGACUGAGUAUGAACAGCUAGCUGCCCAACUGGACGGUGCCAGGACUGACCUCACCAAGAAGGUCAACGCCAUCUCCCAGGCCGCGGCCAAGGAGGACAUUGUGGAGCGAGCAGAGAGACACGCUGAGAACCUGGCCAAGCUGGCCAAGGAACUACAAGAUGCUGUAAGGGACUCGAGUGGCCGCUCUGAUGUGCGUGAUGCCAUGGACGCCAUUGAGGCCUACAAGAACAUCACAGAUGCGGUCAAUGCUGCAGAGAAGGCAGCCAAGGAGGCCAAAGAUGCAGCUGACAAAGCCCUGAAGGAUGUGAAGAAAGAGGACCUGACAAAGAGAGCUAAGAAUCUGAAAGAAAGCGGGAACGACCUACUGAGGGAUGCCAAGGACGCAGAAAAAGAUCUCAAAGAGGCCUCUGAUGACCUCACAGCCCAGAAGAAGCGCCUGAAUGACGCAGAGAAUAAGAAGAAAGCGUUGGAGACGGACCUGCUGGAUGCCCAGGCAGAGCUGAACAACAUCCAGAGAGAUGAUAUAGGAGACAUGCUAGAUGAGGCGAAGAGGAAGGCAGCGUCUGCCAAUGACACGGCCAGCACCACCAUGGACAGACUGAACGCCAUCAGAGAGGAAGUGGACAAAUUCAACGUCAUGCCCUCCGACUCCAACCUCGGCAGCAUCAUGGACGAUGUGGACAAAUCAGUAAAGAAUCUGUUGAACAGCAUCCCGUCUCUGCAGGAUAAGAUCUCGGAGGUGGAGGAGCUCAGCUCUCAGCUCUCCCCCGUCACCAACGUCUCUGAUAACAUCAAUAGGAUCAAGGAGCUCAUCGAGCAGGCUAGAGACGCAGCCAAUAGGAUUGUGGUCCCUAUGAAGUUCAGUGGGGAGGGCCACGUGGAGCUGCGUCCCCCCAGGGAUAUAGAAGACCUGAAGGCAUACACGUCCCUGUCCCUGUCCCUGCAGAGACCAGAGCUCACCAACAACCGAGGGGACGGAGCACGCAGACGAAGACAGGCCACCACGAUCACAGACACGAGUGACAUGUUCGUACUCUACCUCGGCAACCAAGACUCGUCUAAAGACUUCAUCGGCAUGGCCCUGAGGAAUAACGUGCUGUUCUGUGUGUACAAUCUGGAUGGAGAAGAGUAUGAGAUCAAGACAGACUUCAUCACUAGGUCUCCCUCUGAGCCUUCCUUCUUUGACAAGGUGGACCUGCGCAGAAUUUACCAAGACGCAGAAGUGAACCUCACCAAGCUGUUCACAUCCAACCAGCCGGACCCACCUCGGACCAGCAGCAAGCAGGGAGAGCUGACCAGGAACCUUCUAAACCUGGACCCUAGUGACAUUGUCUUCUACGUCGGGGGCUACCCCUCCAACUUCAUUCCUCCAGCCUCCCUCAACUACCCCAACUAUAAGGGAUGCAUCGAGCUGUCCACCUUCAAUGACAGAUUCAUCAGUCUAUACAACUUUAAGAAUGCUGUCAAGGUCAACCUGGAGAGUCCAUGCAAGAGGUAUGUCCAACCAGUGGUGUUUGACUACUUUGAGGGGACUGGUUAUGCCAAGGUGUCCACCCAAGGUGUCAAGGUGUCCACCCUCCUCCUGGGCCAGACCAUCUCCACUCGCUCAGAAAAUGGGCUUUUCCUCUACAUUGGAAAUGAGGUCAACUACUACUGUGUGACGUUUGAGAGAGGCUACAUUGUCAUCCAUAGUAACUUGCUCAGAGAACCAGUACAAAGUGCUACCAAAGUCUUCCCAGUGAAUUCAGACCAAGCAGAAGUGUUGAUCAUUAUCGAGUCUCAAGGAAGCCAAGAGAUGAAGAUCCGUGUAGCAGGCAAGGAGGUGGUCAAGUCUAAUGUCGAGUACACCCCUGGAGACUUCGCAGACUACUACAUCGGUGGCGUGCCACCAGCCCUGAGAGAAAGACACAACAUCACCGCCCAGCCACUGAAGGCCUGCAUGAACAACAUCAAGCUCAACAGCAAGUACCCCACCUUCGAGGAGAAAGUGGGCAUCAGCCGGGGCUGUCCCACGGAUUUCCUGGCGUCUCGUAAAUCAGAGUUUAACGUGGGAAGUUCUCUGUCAGCUGCUCUCGAAGGCUUCAGCCUGGCAAGUGAUGUCACAGUCUCACUGGGUUUCAAGAGCUCUGAGAAAAAUGGGCUCCUACUGCAGAACACCGAGUCGAGUGUUGGCGCCAUCGAACUUGCCUUGGUCAACGGCUAUGUGGUCCUGACGUUCAAAGACACAGCUUGGAAAUCUUUGAAAUCAAGCAAGCAGUACCAGGACGGCAAAUGGCAUUACCUGACUGCCACCAGAAGGGUGGCUUCUCAAAGUAUCGAGCUGCGGAUAGAUGACGAGGAUGUGGGAGGACAGAUAACCUCAAGCUCCUUCAGUUCAAACCCAGACUCUGUGUUCCUGGGGAAAGACACCUUCAAAGGCUGCAUCUCCAACCUCUACUUGAGAAGGCCUGACUCUCUGUACAGAGCAGAGGACCUGAGUCAGUUCAGCUCUACAGGAGAUGUGCUGCUGGAUAUGUGUAGCUCUGACAGACCUCCACAACUGAUGCUCGACCGCAACACCUCCAGCAAGGGUGGUGGUAUGGAGGUGUCAGAGGACAGUCUCUCUGUGUGUGCACACUCUGUUCUAGUCAAACAUGCCUACCACAUUGGGGGCACUGUGAGUAGCCUGAGCUACAGCCUCACUCCCCAGGUGCUCCAGCACAGACCUCAUUUCUCCCUGGACGUUAGGACCAAGUCUGCCGAGGGCCUGCUGUUCUAUGCAGCCACCAGAGGGGGGAGCUCUCACGUGGCUCUCUACCUGUCAAAGGGCAGGAUCAUGCUGUCAGUAGGCAAGGGGAGGGAGAUCUUCAACAGGGAGACAUACAACGAUGGAAGAUGGCACUCGGUAAUAUUCAUCCUAGAAAAGAAGAAGUUCCGGUUGGUAGUGAACGGUAUUAGGGCUCAGGAUGGACAGCUGACCAGUGAUGAGGCCACGUCCAUGGAACUGAUCUCUCCUCUUUACCUGGGAAGUGCUCCUGAUUCCUUGAACACAGAACUUAAGGUAAGCAACACACGAACACACACACAUACAGUACAGCAUACACUCACACCCCAAAAUUGUAUUGUGUUUUCUCUUUACUUUCAGUGGAAGCUCCUCCCAAAGCAAAGUGUGAUUGGCUGUGUGCGUAACUUCAAGAUGAAUGGCACUCCCAUGCCAGAGCCAACCACCAAUCAUGGUGCUGGCCCCUGCUUUGACGGACAGACACAGAGUGGGGCCUACUUCUCAGGGAGAGGGGCAUAUGUCAUUAUUAAUGAUUCCUUUGUGGUGGGCUCCAGCUUUGAGGUGGUGUUUGACAUGCGUCCCAGGAGUCUGACUGGUGUUCUGCUCCAUGUGGGGAACUCCAGCAGGCCUCGCCUUGGGCCCAACACUGGACACCACCUCAGCCUCUACAUGCACAGAGGAGAGGUGGUGGCACGUGUGAACAACGGAGCUGGUGAAUUCAGCGUUUCCGUUCGGCCCAAGCAGCCCUUGUGUGAUGGAAUGUUCCACAGAGUUGCAGUGAUCAAGAGGAACAACGUUGUGGAGAUGCAUGUGGACACUGAGGGCCACCACAAAAUAGGACCUCCUUCCUCCUCCCCCACUCUGACCAAAGACCAACUUUAUGUGGGCGGCAUUCCAGAAACGUCCAUGCACCCAUCCCUCCCAGUCACAGGGUCCUUUGAGGGCUGCAUCCAGAACAUGAAGAUCAAUGAGGAUCCGAUCUCCUUCGAGAGGCUCUCUGGGGUAUUCGGGCCACUCAACCUCAGAGAGUGUCCAGCUGGCUGAGUAGAAUCUACUCCAUGACCACAUCCUGGGACCACAUCCACUGUCCACUAGCCGCUGCGUGCAAUCUGUUCCAAAAACAGAGAAUGUGUAUGUAUGUGUGUGAGCGAUAGUGUUGUGUGUGAAAGAGAGAAGUGUGUGUGCGUGUGUGCAUGUGUGUCACAAGGAUAGUAAAACACGGACCAUUUGGACAAGUGGGGACAUUUUGACAGUCCCCACGAGGAAAAAUGCUAUUUUAGGCUCAGGGGUUAGGUUUACUAUUAGGGUUAGAAUAAAAUGUAGGGUUAGUGGUUACAGUUACGUUUAGGGUUAGGGCUAAGGUUAGGAGUUAGGGUUAGGUAUAGUUUUAGGGUUUGGGGUUAGGGUUAUGGUUAUGGUUAGGUUAAGGUUAGGGUUAGAUUUAGGGGCUAAGGAAAAUAGUAUUUUGGAUGGGAAUCCAUUUUUUGGUCCCCACAAGGAUAGCAAUACAAAACUGAGAGUGAGAGAGAUGGGGAAGUUUGGCUCUUUUUACUGGCUCUGAUCUUUUCGACUCCUUCAGUCAAAAUAAUGAAUAUUUCUACUAAUUAUGUUCGAGUCAGUAAUGCACAGAAUACGCAGGACCCCCUACCGUCGAACCAUGAACUGAAAACUCAAAAGUCAUAAUUCUACAAGCUUCUUGUACACCAUACGGGGCUUAUUUGUGACUGAGAUUUGUAAACGUGUGCUUUAAUUUUUUUUACAUUUGUUGAUUGUGAGGCAUACAAAUAAGAUUAUUUCUUGAUACAUUUGAAAUGAGGUCUAAUUGUGGCCACACCCGGACUAUAUUGUGAACGACUGUUGGCGUAAUGCAUUGCUUGACUGCCGUGGGGGUGAUGAGCACAAAGUCGUUCGAGAACUGCAGCCCCCGAAAUGAUUCGUUCUCGAGUUCGAGUUUGUUAAGCAGAGGCUGUGUAGGUUUUGGUUCUACAAAGCUCUGUCUGUGAUAAAUAAGUGACAAUGCCCGAGAAACCUGUGUUUGAAGGAUAUAUAGGCACGGGUAUCCUCCAAAUACCGGCUUCGAGAGCAUUAUCAAUUUUAUACAACGGGUUACCAACAUAUUCAAAUAAUGAUUGACAUAUUUUCAUAAAAAGAGUAAUUUGUAUUUAUUUAUUCAUACUGUUUCAUCCUUCCACAAGAUAUAGUCCCGGCACAAAUCUAGGGUUGCCACGCAAGCCGGCUGGCUGUUCAUUCUAUUGUUUCGGUUGCCAGAAACGCGACCCAGUCGUUCAGUCUUUUUGUUCUGUAUCUAUGGACGCGAUCCAGUCAUUCGUUCUAAAUGUUC